AUGGAGCUCACAAAGAUCCGAAAGAUUUUCUAUCCUGUUCUUGCUGCUGUUUCUAUUCCAGUUAACCUGUUGGUGAUCUUGGUCCUACUGAGAGGAAAGUGUGGUCUGUCCCGAUGUAUCACCUGCUAUCUGCUGGCCAUGGCAUCAGCUGAUCUAACCGUUAUUCUCACUGACGUAAUCUUGAAGCAGAUUAUUCCACUUUAUUCAACAGACCCAUUUACGAAUAACAUCACCCUUUGUGGUCUCAUUGACAGCCUCACUCAUGCAGCCACAGACCUUGCUGUCUGGUUCACAGUGGCAUUUACUUUUGAUCGAUUUGUAGCCAUUUGUUGUCAGAAACUGAAAGCUAAAUAUUGUACCUGGAAAACUGCAGUGGUGAUUAUCGGAACAGUGACUGGCCUGAGCUGUCUGAAGAACAUCCCUUGGUAUUAUCGAUACGAUGCUGUUUAUUUCUUUUUCAUACCUUUGUUUUGUAUGGUUAAAUUGAGCUACUAUAGCUCACCCCAGUGGAAGGCCUUUGACCUCUUACAUCGCAUCACUACCCCACUACUCCCAUUCGUUCUGAUUGCGUUCUUCAAUGCUCUGACUGUCCGGAAUAUUUUGCUGGCGAGUAAAGCUCGCAGAAGGUUGCGGGGUCAGGGUGAUAAGGAGAAUCAGAAAGAUCCAGAAAUGGAGAACCGCAGGAAGUCUAUCCUCCUUCUCUUCAGUAUCUCUGCCAGCUUCAUAUUACUGUGGAUGACACAAGCUGUGUACACCAUUCACGAGCGAAUUACAUUAAACCACAUCAUUGAUCGGCUUCUCAAAAACCGCCUUCCAUUUGUUAUUGGGUACAUCGGGCCGAUGCUGCAGCUCCUCAGCUCCUGCAGCAACACCUGUAUUUAUGUCGUGACCCAGAGCAAAUUCAGAGAGGAUUUGAAGAAUGUGCUCACUUGUCCAUUUGUCCUUGUUCUGCUACUCGUGAAAUAA